UACCUAAAUUGUCAUCGUGACAUACAAGAAAAUGGUUUAACUUCUGAUGGAGGUAUCUUCUGUUUGCAUAAUAUUCGAGUAAGAUAGCUGUUAUAUAUAUAUAUAUAUUUGCCAUUUGUAUCAUCAGGACCACAUGUCACAAUUGGUGGCAAGAAAGUUAUUGAUGAUGAGUCUAGAAUUGGAUUGCAAAGGUAGCAAAUGUUGAACAACCUUCAAGCUAGCGAGCACUAGUUAGCAAGUGCUAAAUACAUUAGACUGGACGGUACGCUGGCGACGUUUGGGUGCUGCAACAUUGGGCUGUAGGAGGCCUGUCUCCACUGACAGCCACGUUGUUCUGAGUGACAUAAUGACCACGACAUUGCAUCGGUUUCCCACCAAUUUGACCCAAAUCAAUCCCACAUUGUGAGAAAGGACAGAGAAGAGGCGGACAGACAGGAGGGCUCUUUAAACAAGGACCAUGAACCUUCACCAAGUCCUGACUGGGGCUGUCAACCCGGGGGACAAUUGUUUCUCUGUGGGCAACAUCAACAACCAGCCCUUCACGGCCUAUGCGUCUGGCUGUGACGUUGUGAUUCUGGGCAGCGAUUUUGAGAGGCUGCAGAUUAUUCCAGGGGCCAAACAUGGCAACAUCCAGGUGGGCUGUGUCGACUGCUCUCUGCAAGGAGGACAGAUUGCAGCUUCCUAUGGAAGUAUAGUGUGUAUAUUCCAGCCUGUUCUGCUGCAGAGCGACAGAACAUCAACAAAACCUAGCUACCAGUGGCAGAAGAGUGAGCAGAUUCUGCUGCAGUCUGCAGCCCGGAACCUGGGAUGGCACCCAGCUGGCACCCAUCUCUUAACAGGGUCCACGAGUCUACAGCUGUGGUCCUGCAGCGAUGACUCUGAGGGGGAGGAGGGAGGACAGACAGGGCAGACCAGUGGAGAUGAAGGCCAGAAGGCUGGGUUAACCAUCUCAGACUCCCAUUCCUCCUGGAGGUGCAUCUGGAACUGCAGGACCGCCUCUCCCGUCCACCUGAUGAAGUUCUCUCCCGACGGCGAGUUCUUCGCCACAGCAGGCCAGGAUGAUUGCCUGGUGAAGGUGUGGUACAGCACCUCCAAGUGGCAGGCUGGUGUCUCCAAGCUGUUCCGCCCUCCGGAGCCCAGCUCCCACCGCGGAGAGCUGGACCUCUCCUUCGUCUACCUGGCUCACCCUCGCUCCGUCACCGGCCUGUCCUGGAGGAAGACCAGCAGAUACAUGCCCAGGGGGUCUGUGUGUAACGUGCUGCUCACCUGCUGCAAGGACAGCGUGUGUCGCCUGUGGGCGGAGACCCUGCUGCCCGGCGACAGCCUCCUCUCCGGGCACCAGAGCAACCACGUCAACGGCCAGCACGGCGACUCGCUCCUCGCCACGGCAACUGGGAGGAAGGCGUCGUCCUCCGCCAGGACGCCAAAUAGGAAACCCCAGGAGCUAAACCUCCAGGAGUCGUGGAGGGUGUCGGGGCUGAGGGGCGUGGCCCAGCCCUCUCUGACCGGCUGUCUCCCUCACCAGGCCGGUCGGCACCACGCCCACAAGACCACAGCCCCGCCCCACGCCAACGGCCUGUGCCACUUCCACAUCGCGGCCAGCAUCAACCCUGCUACAGACAUCCCCCUGCUGCCCUCCAUCUCCUCGCUGUGCGGUGCGGAUGAGGAGGAGCCAGGAGGGCCGUUCACUGUCCACUGGCUGAACAACAAGGAGCUACACCUCACCCUGGCCAUGGAGGUGUUCCUGCACCGAGGCACCCUGGAGGGCCAGGCCUCCGACCACACACACACAGACGACGUUGACGCCAGUGAAGAGGACCCUGGCAGAGGGCCUCCCUCCGGGGGCGGGGGCGGGGCCGGGGGCGGGGGCGGGGGCGGGGCCGGGGCUCCCCUGCAGCCUCCUGCUCUGGCGGUGGAGCACCAGGUGGAGCUGCUCCUGGAUGAGUGGAGCAGGGCGGCAGACAUGCUUUUCAGCAUCCACCCCAUGGACGGCUCUCUCCUGGUCUGGCACGUCGACUGGCUGGACGAGUUCCAGCCCGGAAUGUUCCGGCAGGUCCAGGUCUCCUUUGUGUCUCGUAUCCCGGUGGCGUUCCCCACUGGCGACGCCAACUCCCUCAGCCGCAGCGUAGUGAUGUACGCCUGCAACAAGAACGUGGAUCUGGCCAUCCAGCAUGGCCGCCGUCGCCCUGCCCGCCCCCUCCCCCGCUCCUCCUCCACCCUGCUCAGCUACUGCGGCCAGGCCAAGGCACCGCCCAGCGCCGGGUCCCGCCUCAGCAUCUUCACCCCCAACGUCCUGAUGAUCUCCACCCACGCCGACGGCUCUCUCAACCAAUGGGCCGUCAGCUUCGCCGAAGACUCCGCCUUCUCCGCUGUGCUCAGCGUGUCGCACGUGUGGCGUUACUGCGGCCACCGCUUCCACCUCAACGACCUGGCCUGCCACCCCCUGCUGCCCCUGCUCCUCACCACCUCCCACCACAACGCCCUCCGCACGCCCGACGCCGACGCCCUGCUGGCCGCCCCGGAGGACGGCGGGCCCCCCGGGGGGGGGCGGCCCAGCAGGGGGUCCCUGGGGGGGUCCCGGGACCCCAGCGCCAUCUACAGCGAGCUGGUCCUGUGGAGGGUGGACCCCGUGGGGCCGCUGUCCUUCUCUGGGGGCGUGUCGGAGCUGGCCAGGAUCAACUCUCUCCACGCCUCCGCCUUCAGCAACGUGGCCUGGCUGCCCGCCCUGGUGCCCAGCAGCUGUCUGGGCAUGUACUGCAGCUCUCCCAGCGCCUGCUUCGUGGCCAGUGACGGCCAGUCCCUGCGUCUGUACCAGGCUGUCAUCGAGGCCAAGAAGCUCCUGAGCGAGCUGUCCAACCCCGACAUGGCCAAGUACGUAGGGGAGGUGUUUAACAUCAUCAGCCAGCAGUCCACUGCCAAACCAGGCUGCAUCAUUGAGCUGGACUCCAUCACUGACUUUCAGGGGAAGGAGACCCAGCUGCUGCAUGUGUUUGAGGAGGACCUGAUCCUGGGCACUGAGAGGCCCCAGGCCAGCCAGCAGCCCCAGGCCAGCCAGCAGCCCCAGGCCAGCCAGCAGCCCCAGGCCAUGUUCUGUGCUAGGUUCUUCCUGGUGGUGGUGGAGCUGACCCAGACUGGCAGGUCCCUCCUGCACAUGUGGCAGCUGCAGCUGGACGCUCUACCCGUCACCAUGGAGGAUGGCCAGGCUCCAGGCUCGUCUCCCCAGAAGGGCUCGUUCAGCUUCAGCCCUCCUGCAUCUCGAGGCAGGCGGCCCUGCUGCACCUCCACCCUGCAGAGCGCCCGACGCCUGGUCCUCUCCACCCAGCGCCUCUGCAGCCAGGACAUCAGCCUGCCCCCUGGGGUGCAGGUCCUCACCGCCACGCCCUCUGCAGGUCACCUGAGUGCCUCGUCCCUCCAGCCGGCCGGCCGCGCCCCCUACCUCAUCGCCACUUCCUGUUCCGACAACCAGGUACGCUUCUGGCGCUGCAGCAUCACGGAGGUGGAGCCUCUGGCCUCCCCGGACCUCACCUACCAAUGGGAGGAGUGGCCUCUGCUGGUGGAGGAGGGGCUGGCCAAUAGCAGUGCGGUGAGCGUGUCGGGUCGACCAGUGGAGGUCAGCUGCUGUCACACGAGCAGGAUCGCCGUGGCGUACCGACACACCCCCUCCUCACCUCCCCCGAGCACCUCAGCACCGCACGCCAGCCUGAACCACACCCCUAACCCCAGCUCCAACCCUCACCUCUGUCUGAACCUCACCUCUGACCCCAGCCCCAGCCCCAACUCCGACCCCAGCCGUAGCCUCAACCUCAGCCUCAGGAACCUCAGCCUCAGGGCACCUCUUGUCCAUGUGGAGAUCUUCCAGUGUGAGUCCACGGGAGGUUCCCAGUGGGUUCUAGAACAGACUCUGACUCUGGAAGACUCCGACCACACUCCAUCCAACAACAACAUCCUCAUCAACAACACCAUCCACGUCCCUCCAGACAGACCCCUAGACCUGGCCCCCCUAGACCUGGCCCCCCCAGACCUGGCCCCCCCAGACCUGGCCCCCCCAGACCUGGCCCCCCCAGACCUGGCCCCCCCAGACCUGGCCCCCCCAGACCUGGCCCCCCCAGACCUGGCCCCGUCCUGUCAGGAGAGUCCUGGUGGGGGGCCCCUGGUCCACCUGGACUGGGUCUCCAGGGAGGAUGGCUCCCACAUCCUGACGGUGGGGGUGGGCUCCAGACUGUACAUGUACGGCCUGCUGUCUGGGAAGCCCCCGGAGCUGGGCCUGUCCCCGGGGGGGCGGGAGAUCCACAGCCCCGCCCGACUGGUCCUGCUGCGCUCCGUGGAGCUGGUGUCGUCCGUGGACGGCUCUCCCCCCGUGCCCGUGUCCCUGUCCUGGGUCCGGGACGGCAUCCUGGUUGUGGGGAUGGACUGCGAGAUGCACGUGUAUUCCCAGUGGCAGCCCCCCUCCAAGCCUCCGGCCGCCUCCGCCCCAGACGCCAGGGGCAGCUCCUCGUCCAUCCCCUCCACCCUCCAGCAGAGCCAGGAGGAGGGGUUGGCCUCGCCCUGGGCCCUGGCCCCGCCCAGGAGGUCACUGACGCGCUCCAUGACCAGCCUGGCCCAGAAGCUGAACGGGAAGAAGACAGCGUACGACCUGCCGGUGGAGAUGGAGGACUGUGGGCUGUUUGAGGCAGCACACCAUCUGUCCCCCACCCUGCCUCAGUACCACCCAGUCCAGCUGCUGGAGCUCAUGGACCUGGGCAAGGUGCACAGAGCGAAGGCCAUCCUCUCUCACCUGGUGAAGUGUAUCGCCGGGGAGAUUGUCGCCCUCGGAGACAGCUCCACCAAUCAGGAGCGCCGUCUCCGGUCCCGGGCCAUCAGCGCCGGCGGCAGCACGGCACGCGACGCUCGCUUCCUCAGCAAGGCCGAGAGCUCCGCCUCCGACUACACGGAGAUUGACUCCAUCCCCCCCCUGCCCCUCUACGCCCUGCUGGCGGCUGAUCAGGAGACCAGCUCCAAGCCUGUUGACCAGCGGGGCAGCGUGAGCGGCGACAGCGGCCACGGCUCCAGCCAGACGGACGCUUACGACGAGCUCUUCCACGCGCCCCCCGGCGCCGACCUGGACCCCCUGGAGGGCGAGGGUGAGGACGCGGGGUCGAAGGUCAUCGACCUGUCCAGGUACAGCCCCGCCUUCUUUGGGCCGGAGCACGCCCAGGUGCUCUCCAGCCACCUGCUGCACUCCAGCCUGCCUGGUCUCACACGCAUGGAGCAGAUGUCCCUCAUGGCCCUAGCAGACACCAUCGCCUCCACCAGCACCGACCUGCGCGCCUGCCAGGCCAGGAGCAAAGGUGGAGAGACGUUGGAUGAGUGCGGUCUGAAGUUCCUGCUGGCUGUGAGGCUCCACACCUUCCUCCUCACCUCCCUGCCCCCCGCCCACCGCUCACCACUGCUCCUCCAGGGCCUCUCCACCUGUCACUACGCAUGGGCGUUCCACUCGGAGGCGGAGGAGGAGCUGGUGAGCUUGCUGCCGGGGCUGCAGAGAGGGGAGCCGUCCUGGGCAGAGCUGCGCUCUAUGGGCCUGGCCUGGUGGCUCCGCAGCGGGGACAAGCUUCGCCGCUGCAUCGAGAAGGUUGCCAAGGUGUGUUUUCAAAGGAACAAUGAUCCUCUGGAUGCUGCUGUCUUUUAUCUGGCCAUGAAGAAGAAGGCCGUGGUCUGGGGUCUGUACAGGUCCCAGAACAACACAAAGAUGACAGCCUUCUUCAGCAACAACUUCAGCGAGGAGCGCUGGAGGAAGGCGGCGCUGAAGAACGCCUUCUCCCUCCUGGGGAAGCAGCGCUUCCAGCACGCUGCCGCCUUCUUCCUGCUGGCUGGAUCCCUCAGGGACGCCGUGGAGGUGUGUGUGGAGAAGCUGCAGGACUUGCAGCUGGCCCUGGUCAUCGCCAGGCUGUACGAGUCCGAGUUUGAGACGGCCUCCACCUACAAACGCAUCCUCCACAGGCACGUGCUGGGCCGUGACACGCAGAUGGAGCCCCACCCAGACCCCUUCCUGCGCAGCAUGGCCCACUGGGUACUGGAGGAGUACAGCCACGCCCUGGACACCCUGCUGGAGCAGCCUGCCAGCAGCAUGGGCGUAUCGUCCAUGUCCCCCUGCAACCCGGAGGUGUUUAACUUCUACACCUUCCUCCGCACCCACCCUCUGCUGCUCCGCCGCCACCUGGGCUCGUCUGAGCGUGCCCGCGGGGGCCUCACCACGCAGGGCCGCCGCCCAGACUCCAUCACCCUGCUAGAGAGGAAGCUGUUCUUCACCGCGGCCCACACACACCUGCAGGCAGGCUGCCCCAUGCUGGCCCUGGAGGUGUUCUCCAAGAUGCCCAAGGCCCACACCCGCUCCAGACGGCUCCUCAGCCAGGACCACCCCACCUCCGGAGCCUCCGAGGCGGGCGCGGGGUCAGGCGAGGGGGAGGCUUCGAGGAGGGAGCAGGCCUCGGAGCUGGAUUGGUCUCAGCCGGUUGUGAACGGGACUGAGUCCCUGUCUGGCAGCUUGUCGGUCAGCCGGUCGGAAUCGGUGUUGAGUUUCGACUGGAGCCAGCCCUGCCUCGCCCCAACAGAACCCCUGGACCUGAAGUGGGAUGAUGAUGAGGAGGAGGAGGAAGGGCGAGGCUGCGUCGAGGAACGAGGGGAUGCCACGAACGCCCCCGUCGCGCUCCAGGAAACGGAAACGGAAACCUCCAUCACCCCCGACGACGACGACGCCGCCGUCGUCAUGGCACCGUCGGACGACAUCCUGGCGGCUCAGCUGAAGCUGAGCGCCUGCCUGAAGAUCCUGACGGCUGAGCUGCGGACGCUGGCCAGCGGCUCGGAGCUGGACGGAGGCAAGCUGAGGCACCAGCUGUGCCUCUGGCUGGAGAGGGAGGUGGCAGCGCUGAGGAGCGUCUGCAACUACACACCCUGCCUGGCCCUGGACCAAGACCAGGCCCUGGAGGGGGAGGGGGACGGAGCCGGAGCUGGGGGAGACGAGAGGGGGGAGGCAGGGGAGGCUGAGGAGGGCCGGGGCAGGAGCAGGAGGCUGUGGCUCCAGAGGAACCAGCCCCUGCUGAGGAUGUUCCUGAGCUACUGCAGUCUGCAUGGCUCCCAUGGUGGAGGGCUGGCCUCUGUACGCAUGGAGCUCAUUCUGCUGCUGCAGGAGUCCCAGCAGGACGACAGCGUCCAUUCAGCAAUGGCUCCCAGUCCACACGAGCCCUCCAUCCCUCUCCUAUUGGCUUGUACUGCCAGCGCCAAAACCGUGGUAGCCAAUCCCAUCGUCCACCUGACCAACCUGACCCACGACAUCCUGCACACCAUCAACGGCCUGGACUCACCCCCCCACCCCGACCUGGUCAACAACGAGAUCUAUGUGAUGCACAGCCUGGCUGCCUCCCUGUCUGCCUGCAUCUACCAGUGUCUUUGUGAUGGACACAACCACAGUCAUGUGAACCAGUUCACAGGCAUGGUGUACCAGAGUGAGCUGCUGCCCCCCCCCAGGACCACCAGCCUGGAGGGCACCCUCCUGCCCAACACCCCCCCCGCCCAGUGGCCAGGCAUGGCGUCUCUGGUGCGGCUCCUGAGCACAGCGGGGGAGGACGUCCAGCCGGGCGUGGCCGUGCUCCUGUGUGAGAUCCUGUCCUCAGUCUUCCUCAGCCUGUUCGUCCACGGUCUCGCCACGCACUCCAGCAACGAGCUGUUCCGCGUCCUGGCCCACCCCCUCAACAGCAAGCUGUGGGUGGCCGUGUUCGGGGGCGGGGCCAUGACUCCCACCCUGGAGAAGGCCGGCCCAGUCGGGUCCCCCCCUGUGUCGCCCUCCAGCGAGGACGGGAAGAGGCGGCGUUUCAAGCUGCUGUCGUCACGGAGCGGCUCCAGGGAGGCUUCUGAUAGGCCGGGGCCAGAGAGGGAGGGGCCAGGCAGCCCAGCGCCGGUGGCGGAGCAGCAGAAGGCGGAGGCCAUCUUUAAAGAACACUUUGUCCCUCCUGAACUCAGUAUCUGGGAUUACUUUAUCGCCAAGCCGUUCCUCCCUCCGUUAGAGAGCAAGGUGGAGUAUGACUCUGAGGAGAGCCAGGACAGCCAGGAAGAAGAGGAGGAGGAGGAGGAAUACGACGAGGACACAUUUGAUUCCAGCUCUCCCCUCCAGGAACAUUCCAACCACAACUCUUACAGCUGGUGUCUGAUGCGUCUGUCCAUGGUCCAGCUGGUUCUGGGAAACCUCAAGUCCUUCUACCCCAUGGCUGGUUAUGACCUGCUAGACCUGCCCGUGGCCUCCCCUCUGUGCCACGCUGUGUUGAAGACCCUCCAGCGCUGGGAGCAGGUCCUGCUGAAGAGGCUGGAGCUGUUUGGAGGGCCGCCCUGCAAGUACAUGGCCACACACCCCCUGGACCAGCCCCCUGCCUCCGGCCCUGCCAUCCUCAGACACAAAGCCCUGUUUGAGCCGUCCAACUCACCCUUCAGGUCCAGCCACCACUCUGCACUGCCAGUGCGUCGUUUGUGGCAGUACCUGGUGAAGCAGGAGGAGAUCCAGGAGACCUUCAUCAGGAAUAUCUUUACUAAGAAACGAGAUCCCAGCGAGUCGGUUGAGGACCACAGUGUGACAUGCUCAGACACAGCAGAAGAGCCUGGCCACAACCAGAUCGAGGCAGACCAGGGAUACCCCGGAGGAAAGGCCAGAAUCAUCCACAAGGAGUCUGACAUCAUCACGGCCUUCGCCAUCAACAAGGCCAACCGUAACUGCCUGGUGGUGGCCUCCACCCAUGACAUCCAGGAGCUGGACGUGUCGUCCAUCUUGGCCACUCAGAUCCUGACGUGGGUGGAUGACGAGGCUGAGACUGAGGCAAAGGGCCUCAGCAAUGAAGACUUCCUGAUCAUCCAUGCCAGAGACGACUUUUCCACACUUCACGGAACCACGCCCUACACCCACAGCAGCCCAGGCACGCCCAUCAACAUGCCCUGGCUGGGGGGCCUUCAGACGGGCCGAGGAGCAGCCGUGCUGAUCAAGAGGAACAUCAACAAUGUGCGAAGGAUGACCUCUCACCCCACCCUGCCGUACUACCUGACGGGGGCCCAGGACGGCAGCGUGAGGAUGUUCGAGUGGGGGCACUCUCAGCAGAUCACCUGCUUCAGGAGCCCAGGGAACACCAGGGUCACACGGAUCCGCUUCAACCACCAGGGGAACAAGUUUGGUAUAGUGGACUCAGACGGAGCCCUGAGUUUGUGGCAGACCAACACCACUGGGAACACCCCUAAACCCUACCUGACGUUACAGUGCCACAACAAAACGGCUCACGACUUCGUCUUUGUGGGCUCCUCCUCUCUUAUUGCCACGGCGGGCCUCUCCACAGACAACAGGAACGUGUGUCUGUGGGACACGCUGGUGACUCCUAUGAACAGCCUAGUCCAUGCCUUCUCCUGUCAUGAGACGGGGGCGACGGUGCUGGCCAUGGCCCCCCGGCAGCAGCUGCUGAUCGUGGGCGGCAGGAAAGGCUGGCUCAGCGUGCUGGAGCUGGCCCACAGGGUCCAGCGGCAGGGCUUCCAGGCCCACGACUCCCCCGUCAAGGCCCUGGCCGUGGACCCCACCGAGGGCUGCUUCACCAGCGGCUCGGCCGAGGGAAACAUCAAGGUGUGGAGCCUGUCCACCCAGAGCCUGCUGCACUCCUUCCCCAACGAGCACGCCCGCCUGUCCAUCUUCAGGAACCUGGGCACAGGCGUCAUGCAGAUCGACUGUGGGCCCACCAAUCACGUCUUCUCUUGCGGCGCCGACGGGACCAUGAAGAUGAGGGUCCUCCCGGACCGGUACAGCGUCGUCAACAACAACAACGGAACCCUGAAGAACGACGUCAAGUUCAUCAUCUAGAACGUCCAGAAGGCCCCGGAACCAGAAGCCUAGAAGGGGGGGAGGUGGUGAGCAGGUGGCGGGCGUUGGUACGAACAGGUUCUAGAAGGAAUCAGCCCCUGGAGCCAUCAGGUGGUGUCAGACACACCACGCUCGGCGGGGUGGGCCCCGUCAGCUCUGGAGCCCGUUCUGGUUCAGCCAGGGAGGAGAGGAACACCAGGUGACGAGGAGAGAAGGUACCCAUCACUUGACCACACCAGAGGACCCUUCCUCCACCCUCUUCAGCUCUCUCCACCCCCCUCUUAACCUACAUAGACCAAUCAUGAGAUUAGAACCCUGUACGAACAAUGAUUCUAUAUGGAACUGUAUUCGAAGCGGAAUUCUAGUGGAGUUAUUUCGGAACUUUAGAUGUGUCCCUGUGUUGGAUCGGUCUGGACCAAUCGCGUAGACUAGAGCCCAAAGCGUGCGUGUGCUAUGCGUGUGCUGUGCGUGACCUGGGUCACGGUGAGGUUUGUACUGGCUCCAGAACCCGUCGUCCCUGCUUAGCUCGAGGCAAUAAGGCCAGUUGAUCUGAUAAGCACAUUUAAUAACGAAUCAUGAAGAUUGUCUGUUGCACAUUAUUAAGGCAUACAUCGUAGUAGUAGCUAGAUAGCCUUAGAGCAAGUAACGCCUUAAAUAAUAAGAUGACUUUCCUGUGUGCAGUAUUGAUGUUGUCAUGGCCUAGAUUCAAACCAUGGUAUUAAGUGUCCUUAUUAAUCUUUAUUACAGGUUAUUACAGGAAAGAUACCAGGCACAAGCUGUCGAGGGUUAGUUGAUGUUUUCUGAAGUAGAUUCUCUCUCUCUCUUUUUUUUUUUUUUUUUUUUUUUUUUUUUUUUACAAUAUACCUGCACACUUCAUAAGCUAGCACAAUGCCAAUAUCAUCCUGAGAAAUGUGCUUGAACCAAAUGGCGGUGAUUCUACAGAGUCAAAUGCAGCCUUACAAAUGGUCUUUUAAUUAUUCCAGAAGCAACGACACACUCCACUUUCUCCCAGUCUCACACGGAUCACAGAAGCCUGCUCCAUCGUGUCAUGUGACACCAUCGUGUCAUGUGACACAUCUGUACGCAAAACAUUCAAACGUUAUUGAGAAGGGUUGGCACAAAUACACAAUGAUGACUGCAGAUUUUAGCCUUCAAAACGUCUUUUUGAAGCCCCGUCUAUCUUUUUAUUGCCAAUUGCCUUCAGGAAAUGGUCUUAUAGCUCAUUGAUUGAAUCUAGGCCAAAGUAUUGUCAUGUAUAUUACUGCCUAUGGUAAGAACUGAAGAUGACACGGUCACUUAGACACUUUGACGUAUUGAGCAAUGCAUAGCUAGCUGACAUCUACAGAAUAAAGUUCGACUGAUGUAGGCUGAUGUAUAUAUGCUUUAGUUAGGGCGGGGAUAAACUGGAGAAAAACCUUCGAGAUGGUGGCUAUAUCGUUAAAUCUGUAAAUACAAAAGUGAAAACACGAAAUUUCUCAUAAGACUGUGCGUCUGUGAUAGGUUUAGAUUAGAUAAAUAAUAUCUAACAUUAAAUAGCAAUCCCUGCUUUAAGAAAUUGGACUGUUUGCAAAACGCCAAUUGUAUUUAUGAAUUUUGCUGUUCAUAUACUGGAAUAGAACCUCUGGUUCAUGGUAGUGAGCAUUCUAGAAUGCUGGGUGACUGAGGGUUCCGGAUUGCGUCCGGGUUUCAGUGUUCCGAAGGGGGGCGGGACAGGCUGAGUGUUGCAGUAGAGUCCUCUACCUGGGUCAGAGGACACAGGAUUCAUCUCAUUAGAGGCUCUGUCAUGAUGUCAACAUCCGGAGCGGAAUAGAAGGGGGGGGGGGGGGUUGGCUCAGUUUAAUCAGAAUUCCAAAGCUUCAAUAAACACUUCUAUUUUUAGUUUUGUAACCAAAGUAGAUGUGUUAAGUGCAUUUGUGUUAAUUACCCGAGCUAGGUGUUCCAGCUGGUGUUAUAUCACCUAUCUGGGUGUACGGUAGCUUAGAGCUGGUGCUUACGGCAGGCUAGAUGAUAACGAGGAUGAUCCUCCAGAACCAUACCAUGGUACCGCAGUCAGGCUUCCAGUACAUGAUCCCUAUCCCCUCUAAUCAUUCAAAUGUGAAUAUAUAUACACUUCAGAUACUUCUAAUUUUUUAUUAAAUAUAAUGAUGUGGAUUACAUGUUAAUCUGACUGUAUUAUACAUUUAAAUUGAAAUAUAUUAAAUCUACUCAAUGGAAACUGA